AAUUAAACCAAAAUCAGCAACGUGAAUCCGUAGCUAAAAAGACUGACAAAUACACGACGACGGCUACCAAGCAAAAAAUUAAAAAAAAAAAACCCAGUGAAGCUUAAUUCCGCCGCUAAUGGCGUUUAUCAGUGAAGAAACCUCAAAGCCAGUGGUUGUAAGAGUUAAACGCAAAUCAUCACAUUCAAAACUCGACGCUUUCUGGCUUGAAAUUAAUGAGCGGCCGUUGAAGAGACGAGUUCCUGAUUUUGACAAGUUGUCACUUGAUGAUAAUUAUUCAUGUCAUGAACAAGUGAUAGAAUCAAAGGCUAAGAGGGUACUGGUACAUCAUAUUGAGACAGUUGGUAGCUCACAGACAACCCUCGAUGUUGUGCAAUCCUUUAUGUAUAAUUCUGCUGGCGCAGUCACAUAUAAACCAGAAAUUCAAGAACAGAAACAGAUUAUCAAAAGGGACACGAAACAUGAGGAACUUUUAUCAAAGGGCAUAAGUGAUCAACAGGUAUUGGCACAAAAUGCUCGUUUUGAACAAAUAUGGAGGAGACGUAGAGGAAGCAAACCAACAUUGGAUGAUAAACUGCAUGGCAUGUGCCAUUUUUAUGAUGUGGUUCGUGUUCAUGAUGAGGAAGGAUCUGAUGCUGUGCAAGAGGAGGAAACUAUGUCGUUGGAGGAUCAGAGAAUUCUUGAUAGACAUUUGCCUAUACCUAGAGACUGUAUACCAAGUGCCAUUGCAGAGAUUGAAUCUGAUAUUUACGCUUAUAUGUCUGAGCAAGGCUAUGAGUUUGUGCCUAGAUCAGUUGCAGAUAUUGAAACAGACAUGCACCGGUACUUAUGCAAACAAGAUGAUUAUGUCUAUGACUACUACACUGUGAAGGACGGCAUGGAUAUUGGUAAGGAAGAUGCUGCAAUAAGCUCAUUCCCAGUGUUACAAGUGGAGGAGGAGGAUGACGGCGACUUCUACAAUGGUCCAGAUCAUGACUCGGAAUAUGAUAGUGAAGAUUCCAACGUUGAAGCUCAUCCACAAAAUGAUUAUCCUGACGAAACUUCUGAGGAGAGUGCUUCAUCUACUGAAGAAGAAGAAGAAGAAGAAGAUUCUGCCAGCAUUGGAUCUAAAGAAGAACAAGAGAGCAAUAACUCGUGCGAUGUAUCAUCAGUCCAAUCACCUGAUGAUGCAUUCCGUGAUAAUGACGAUGAUAGUUUUGAUUUUAUGGAUAUCAACGAAGAUUUGCGUGAGAUGGAUAUAAACAAAGAUUCAUAAACAGACCGAUGAGUUUCUUGGCGAAUAUUCUUCCUUGCAGUGAUAUUUCCGGAGCUGGUAAAUCGACUUCUCCUACUUGUAUGGAUUCUAUGCUAUCUGGCAGUGCAAUCCCAUUUUUGCAGACAUCACUUUCAUGUUCUGGUUUAAUCAGAGGCAGCCCUUGCUCGACUCACAGGAGUAUAUACAACAGGAGCUGAAAGGAUUCUGUCUGAGAUGAAACAAAUUGAGGAGCAAAGAACAUAAAUUACUCAUAUGUAUACUAGUUUUUAGCAUUACACACAUCCGAGUUAUUUAUUUGACUCGUUAUUAAUUGUUAAUUUUACGAUUAUUUUUAAAAUAAUUAAGUUUUAAUUUUCAUAA